UCAGAUGUCAAAGAUUUGCUGAGACCCUUGCGCAACAAAAUUCCCUGCAGAUGCAUGUAAUAGAGAAAGCAACAUACAGCUGCAGAUGCAUAGAAGCAGAUUGUGAGACAGGAGAAAGAUUAAAAGCCAUGAGUGACUGUGAGGAGGCAGACCUCUUUUUGGAGUCUCGGAUUUCGCUUGGGGGGAAAAAAAGAGAAAAGAAUUCCAUAAAGGACACAAAAAAACCCCAAAACAAAAACAACAUACAUCUGAAAACAGGUGACAACAUCCAGAAAAAAAAGAAAAAGAAAAAGAAAAACUCCAAAUUGAAAGAAGCAGUCGAGGGAUGGAAAGCAAAGAAAAAGGAAAAGAAGAAAAAGAAAAACAAAGUGGGACCCGAUGACAAUUUUUUACUUACUCAGGCCAGUAAUGUACAGGAAGAACCUGCUGUGAAUUCACGCAGUGGUGACAGGCUGAAACAGGAUCACAUGACUCAAGACUCCAAGAAGAAAUGCAAAAGGAAAAAGAAAGUGGCGUUCGACUUAUCACCAGGCUACAUCUGUGUCAAACGUCCUAAAUUUGACUCUUCGUCUCCGCAGUGUCCAAACGAGAGCACUGUGUCUGAGAAUGAAGCUGUGAGAGACAGUGAGAGCUGUUCACAGAUAACAGUGACAGGCCACAGCCGAGGGCCAGCACAGGAAAAUGACUCUGAAUGCAACAGUGAGGAUAUAAACAGCCAGGACCUGUUUAUCACCCAGAAGACAUUCAGAGUGUCGCAGUCUGAACCUUCCAGCAUUGAAGCCAUUACUGCAACUCCUCAGAUGUUCACACAGCCAGAUGAGCAGGACACUCCUGUGGUACAAUUAAAAGAGUAUCUUGACAGCUCAUACAAAUCUUCACAAGAGUCACAUUUCCACCAGCACCACGGAAAGACAAAUGAGCACACGAAGAAGAAAGAAAAGGUAACUCACAAAGAGAAAGAAGGGGAAGAAGAGCAGUUAAAUGAAGCACAUCAUAAGCACAAUAAGGACCAUUUGUCCUUUCAGACACAAAUGGAGCUAAAUGCAAAUCUAACUGAGGAGGAAUUGUGUCCUGCACAUAAAAAGCCCACUGUGGUGAAUCCUUACCUGGCUGAGCCAGUUGUUGUAAAGUGCUCCCUGGAUGUUGAGAAGUCAAAGAGACAUUCCUGUACUUCAAGCCAACAGUCCGUGAGGAGCACAUCCACACAGACAGAAAACUUAUUUACCUCCAAACUCUCCUUGUACCUCAACUUCUGCCAGAAAAGUAGAGUGACCACCCACUGUGAGGACAUGAAAGCUUUGGACCUGAGCCUGCCAUGGAGGGCCCGAAAAGAACUGGGUACGUCAGUGAAGACAGCGCCUCUACAAGGUGACAACCACAAAGACCUGAAACAUCCACAGGUUAAGAAAGAGGCUUCUGGUGAACAUCUUCGGUCUGUAAACACACAAGAUAAAGGUGAAACCGCUCAAAGCCCUCAGUCUGAGUCUGAGCCCAAGUCUGCUGACACGACAACCUCCAGUGAGGACAGCGAGCCCCGCUGUCGCAGGCUGGACCUGACCCAGGUGAGAGCAGUCCAGACUAGACUCAACGAGUCCUUCUUCUUCAAGACAAAGGGAGAAGGACAGUCACCCAGGCCGGAGUCUCCCCUGAUGAAACUCGCUCAGGGCAGAGACAUGAAAAGCAGGAAGAGCCACUGACACUACCCUGCCGCCAGGAGCUGCUGCAGUCGUUAACUUUUCUGUCAGGUUCCUUUUUCUGUCUUGACUUAAAGAGCAGCCAGGCAUCAGAUAACAGGUUUCAGCUCUUGAUGCUAUAACUCAUGAUAGAUGUUAUGAGGCAGAUAAAAAGGCAAAAUAGUCAGCCGUCUUUAGAAACGAGAGAAAGGAAAUUCUGUUCCAAAACGACCGUAAGGAAAUCACAUGCAUAUUUGUUACUUGUUUAAAUUUUAAAUGUUCAUAUAAUGUGUUGUUUCAAAUGCACACAGUUGUGUGUCACUCCUUCAUAGACUACUUUUUCCACAAAACUGUAGCAUUUUAAUUGUAGUUCACAGCUUUGUUUGUUGUCUGUUCUGUAUGAAAGCAAGACUUUUAUCAAUUAAAGUUUAUUUAUUGUGAAAGAC